AUGACCAACCGAGAGAUUUCUGCCGCGGAGGUCGAAGCUCACAACCGGGAGGACGAUGUAUGGAUCGUUGUCAAUGGAAAGGUAUAUGAGGUGACGGAAUUUGCCCCGAGGCAUCCCGGGGGUGCUGAAGUGAUCUACCGAUUUGCCGGCCGCGAUGCCUCCAACGCGUACAACACUAUACACUCUCCGGCACUGAUCGCAACGGACUUGAGCCAUUCCUGCCAGGGUGAAUUAAAUACAUCAACAGUCCCUGAAAAUUGGAGAAAAACUGAGACGGAAAAGGGGUCGAGGCAGACGGACAGCGAUUCCUGGCGAUCUUCGGUGGAGACCUACAGGAAGCCCUCGCUUCAGGAGCUAUUGAGUCUGCACGAUUUUGAGACAAUCGCCCAGAGGCUCCUGAGCCCCAAAGCCUGGGCGUACAACAGCGGCGCGGCCAACGACAACCUCACGCGUGAUGCGAACCAGACAAUGCUACGGCGCAUCUUGCUACGACCCGCGGUGAUGCGGGACGUGUCCACAGUGACUAUGCGCCGCACGCUGCUGGGCUGUUCAUUCGAACUUCCUGUCUACAUCGCCCCUGUCGGAGCGGCCAAGACCGUCUGUCCCGAGGGCGAGCUGCCGCUGGCGCACGCGGCCAACCCCGCCGGGAUUGUGCAGUGCAUCGCCACUACUGCCUCCUUCACUCUCCCGGAGAUCUUGGAUGCUACGCCUGCCCACGCCUUUCUGCAGCUGUAUAUCAACCGUGACCGCGCCAAGACAGAGACUCAGGUCCGUCAGGCGACGGCAUCGGGGAAAGUCAAGGCCUUUCUCAUCACCGCCGAUCUGCCGGUAAUGUCCAAACGCGAGGCCGACGAGCGGCUUCCGUCGGAGGGAGACCAGGGGACUAUCGUGAACGUCAGUCGCGAGCAGGCCGCUCCAGAAACCAGUAAUCAGCAGUCAAGCAACGCACCGGGCAAGCAGAACGCGGGACUGGCCAAGUCGACCAGCUCAUUCAUCGAUCCCACCCUGAAUUGGCAGGAUAUUGCCUGGCUCCGCGCGAUCACCCAUCUUCCGCUGCUGAUCAAAGGGAUCCAGCGGGCGGAAGACGCGCGGCUGGCAAUGCAGUUCGGUCUGGAUGGGAUCGUCGUCAGCAAUCACGGCGGUCGGGCUGCGGACACGGCGCCCCCGUCUAUACUUACGCUGCUGGAGCUCCGCCGCGACUGCCCGGAGGUGUUCGAGCAGAUGACCGUGCUUGUUGACGGGGGCUUCCGGCGCGGGUCGGACGUCCUCAAAGCGAUUUGUUUGGGAGCUUCGGCCGUGGGACUUGGGCGGCCGUUCGCCUAUGCUUUGACCUACGGCGAGGAGGGAGUGAUGCAUGCGAUAGCAGUAAUGAAACAGGAGUUGGCGACGGCUAUGCAGUUGGUAGGAUUGACGGAUUUGCGAGACGCCAACCCUGGGUACAUCAAUACUGCCGAUCUGCAGAGGCUCCUGCCCGUGGACGACUUGCCGCCACUGAUCGGGAAAAAAAGGCUUAUGGGAAAGUUGUAG